CCUUCACUGUCACAUCCGAAUCUAUCAUUCAUUGAUAUUGCCAUCACUCCAUGGCGGAUAGAAAUUAGAAGUUACAACAAAACAUUUAUAAAACACAACAAAUUGUUCUAAAUUAACAAAAAAAUGUCCACAGUCGUGUCUGACUGUUUCACUAUCGGCAGUAUAGUUGCAACGCGGACGUGCUAUAAUGAAGAAAUCGAGGGUGAAGUGUUAGCAUUCGAUCCCCAAACGAAAAUGCUUAUAUUAAAAUGUCCCUCAUCCAGUGGCAAUCCGAAGCGCCACGAUGUAAAUAUCGUCAAUUUAUCGCUCGUGAGCGACGUGCAGAUUAAAAAAGAAGUCACUACAGUGCCUGAGCCGCCACAGUCUCUCAAUCUUCACAGGCUAAACACACGAGUUAGGAACUCUAUAGAAAAUAAACGCAGGCUGGUGUCAGCACUCUCCGCCUGCUUAGAUCCCGAAGGUCAAAGGUUGUUCCUCGCCAUAGCGAGAGUCAUAGACAAUGUGUCGUGGGCUGGCCAGAGCAUCAGAGUGUACAAUGAAGUCACCAUCACACCACCUUAUAAAGUAGAGAAUGUAAUAGGGGAACACGAUUCAAAGUCGUACAAGUAUAUUAAAAAAUUUGUCGAGAGACACUGGAGGGAUCACCGCGAGCACGCGGCGACGUCAACGGCGCAAUAAUUGUAUGCUAUUAAACUUGUCAUUUGUAAUGCUGAGAUUUAUUAAAUAAAUACUUUUUUGUUCUGUUACAAAUUAUGAAAAAAAAAACAAAAACAAAGGGUAUCAUCGGUUUUCAAGUUGACAAUAGUCGUAUGUUUUGGCGGGAAAAUGUUUUUUUUUUUUGCUUUGUCUUAAGAUUUAUUAGGCUUAAAGGUGAUAAUUUUUUUAAUUCAAAAAGCAAUAAGUUAUUUGAUGCAAUAGUGUUAGCAAUAGAUUCCAUUCAGCACAAAAACUCUCAGCAUUACAAAUGAGAUUAUAUUUUAUUUUCCAAAGAUGUUUUACGGGACAGCUAAUGAAUUGUUAAAUCAGUUAUGAGUGUAUUUAUUUGGUUUUUAUUUUUAAAACAUUCGUGCAUGUGUUUUCUGAAACAAGUAUAAGUUUUUAUCAAAUUUAAGAAUAUUUAGUUCACUGUUGAACAGUGAGUUUUUCAUUUUAUUUGUAUUGUAUGUGUCUAUCCUUUUUCUUCAGUCAUGAAGAUGCUGUACUAGAGCGAGAUGGAUAGCCUAUUUAGUAAUGGAAAAGCUAAAAAGCUUUCCUUCUCUCUGUAGCGGAGCAUAAUGCCAGCUUAUGGAAAGGAUAGAGAAAUAUUAGUUGAAAUUAUGUCUCUUUUAGGAGUAUUAGUAAUUUUUUAUUGUUUACCUGUUUAAAUUCAUGUAAUUUUAGUUUUAGAGUUCCGUAAAAUGUUAUCUUCAACAUCAAAACAAAUAAAUGUACAUAUUUAUUAUCA